UGCCUGAUUAUCCUGAACUAACUUACGGAUUCUGCUUGGCGUGGAGCAGCUUCUGAAAACACCCUGCUACUAGCAGUGGGUACUUGGCACCUGGCAGGGAGUGAUGUUGAGUUACCAGUCCUUCUAAUACUGGAUAGAAAGACUCCUUUUGACCUUCUCUUAGCUCAGUGAUAGCCAAACUCCAAAGUACUGGAUGCAUAGGGAGGUUCCUUCUCUCACACAAUGACUACACGGUAUUCUCUCUGGAAACAUCUAGGAAAGCUGCUGAUGGUCUUAGAACUAUGUGUUCAAGGCAUCAUGAUAAGUACUUCACCCCCACCCCCUAGAUGCCCCAGUGUCUGCAUCUGCACCUCCGAUCUCUUGAGCUGUACUAGGCAGAAUCUCCAGCAGGUACCUCUAACACUGCCUCCCACAGCAACCACCUUGGAUCUCAGCCACAAUGUCCUCUUCCAGCUUCACGAUCACUGGCUGGCUUCCCUGCCACGGCUCCAGGCCCUCCGCAUCAGUCACAACCAGAUUAAAGACCUUUUUCCAAAGACCUUCCACAAUGCCACUUACUUGAGACACCUGGACAUAUCCUCCAAUUACUUGCAUGCUGUGGAGAGAUAUUACUUUGAUGUGUUGGUAAACCUGGAAGAGCUUCUAAUUUAUGACAACUGGAUCAUACGGGUAGAUGAAAAAGCCUUUGCCAGGCUAAGCAGCUUGCAGAAGCUCUACUUGAGCUGGAACAACUUAACCAAGUUCCCCUUUCAAUCCAUGCAAGGAUUCAGUCACCCCAAACUCAGGACACUGGACCUCUCCUCCAAUAAUCUGAGCAGCAUUCCCAUUGAUGAGAUUAUGGCCUUGCCCGUGUCCAUUAAAAAUGGCUUGUAUCUCCACAACAACCCAGUGAAGUGUGACUGUACACUCUAUCAGAUGUUCCAGCAAUGGAAGCAGCGAGGCUUCAGCUCCGUGCAGGACUUCCUCGAGGAGCAUACAUGCAGGGCCUUUGACAAUGUGGCCCGGUCCUUAGUUAGAUUCCUCAAGUACAGCACAAUUUUUGAGAACUGUUCCUUGAGAAAAGGAUAUCUUGGUGCACCAGAGGUGAAUCUCAGAGUGCUUGUGGAAAAGCCCCUGCUGAUGGACUGUAACACAAGUGUGCAUGACCCCUCUGCCACCUACAUGUGGAUCUCACCUCACCAUGAACCCAUCACACACCCUGGGAACAGUAAUCAUACCCUUGAAGUUUACCACAAUGGGAGUUUAAAGAUCACAGCAGCCAAGCCAUGGCAUUCUGGGGUAUAUAUAUGCAUAGCUAUAAGCAAGCACUACAACCUCAACAAAUCCCAUGAGGUCAAUGUAACAGUUCACUACCCUAAGCUGGAUGGGGAAUUCUUCAAUACAGGCCUCACCACCCUCCUGGGGUGUGUAGUCAGCCUGGUGCUAGUUUUCAUGUACCUGUACCUCACUCCAUGCUGCUGCUUCAGAUGCUGCAAAAGGUCUGCUACCCUGAGUCCUCCCCAGGAAUGCAGUGCUCAGUCCUCGAUUCUGAGCACCACACCACCAGCCACAGAGGGACCCAGCCGCAAGAUCAGCACCCACAAGCACGUGGUGUUCUUAGAGCCCAUCAAGGAGGUACAAAAUGGCAAGAUCCAACUGGCAGUCAGCGAAGAUUUCCCAGAUACCAAGAACCCCAAAAUCCCACAGCUCAAGUCAGACUCUGAAUCCAUUGGUUCUAUCUUCUCGGACACCCCCAUCAUGUCAUAGGUAGGGACCUACUGGAUUUGAUGCCGCUGCCCACUGAUUUGACAGGCAGAAUGCGGGACCCCGCAGCCACUUCACAGGUGGAGUGCAGUGGCUCCCCAACACUUCUGAUUGGCCGAGGGCUCCUAAUGGCCCUGCCCCUUGCCACUGGUUGGCUGUGAGGGCUGUCCAUCAUACAGCCCUACCCCACCUUGCUGCUGAUUGGU